AUGGAGAUGAAGAUUGAAAUAUUUUCGGAUGAUGUUUGCUUUGAAAUAAUUUCCAUGAUUGAUGAUUCAUGGUUUAUUUUGAAUAAUUGUUCUUUAAUUUCAAAACAAUUCUUUAAUGUGAUCAAGGAACGUUCAAAACUUGUAAUUGAAUUUAAAAAAAAGUUUACAGAGAAAAGAAUUGAACUAUUCAGAAAAAGUCAAUUCGUGAAUAGUAUUGUUAAUCUUAAUUUUUCUGGUUGGUUGCUUGGUGACAUAGAAAACACCAAAUUCAUAAGUGAAAUGAAACAAUUAACAUCACUUAAUAUAGGUUGCAAUCGAAUUGGUGAUGAAGGAGCUAAAUCGAUAACUGAAAUGAAACAAUUAACAUCACUUGAUAUUUCUAACAAUCAAAUUGGUAUUGAAGGAGCCAAAUUCAUAACUGAAAUGAAACAAUUAACAUUACUUAAUAUUAGUAGCAAUGAAAUUGAUGAUGAAGGGGCCAAAUUCAUAAGUGAAAUGAAACAAUUAACAUCACUUGAUAUUUCUAACAAUCAAAUUGGUGAUGAAGGAGCCAAAUUCAUAAGUGAAAUGAAACAAUUAACAUUACUUAAUAUUAGUAGCAAUGAAAUUGAUAAUGAAGGAGCCAAAUUCAUAAGUGAAAUGAAACAAUUAACAUCACUUGAUAUUUCUUACAAUCAAAUUGGUCAUGCAAAAUCAAAAUUAUAA